GCAGCAACCAAUGGGAGGCCUAUGUGUCGCUGUCAAACACAGCUGAUCGAUGAGUGAGGGGAGAACAGCCCAAAAGGUCCCACUUGUUGCUGUGCAGGAGCAGCGAUCGUCAGCUGGUCGCGGAGGUCUGAUCGACCCUCGGUUCGCGCCCUGAAACCGGUGAGGAAGCACACCAGGAGUCCUCGACAGCCCUGCAGCCGCUCCGGUGCACGAUCACCCCGCCGUGCCUCGCUCUCAGCCCUCAGGAAGUCCGGUUUGAUGUCGGCCUCAGUCCUCUCUCCAUGGCCGUGUGGACCCGUCAGUCUGGUCUGUGGACUCUUCCUGCUGGCCUCCUCACCACUCCUCAUUGCAGGCAAAAUGAACUGCACUCACCCUCUGGUGCCAGAAUAUGGAGGUUUUCGCUGCGAUCCCUCCCCGUGCCAAGGCUUCCCUCACAAGACCACCAUCCGCCUCUUCUGUGAAUCAGGAUACCAGAUGAGGACCCCACUGUCCAGGUGCCGCAACGGGAAGUGGGGUCCUCCCAUAUCUGCCUGCAUCCCCAUGAAAGGCAAUCCUAUCCCAAAACCCGACGACUCAAUGCCCAGCAUGGCCACGACUGCAGUGGGUGUGUCCAUCUUCCUGCUCACCACCACCGCCUGCCUGGUCCUCAAGUCCCGGCUCUACCCCUGUCAAUCACAAAGCCGUCGCUCCUCAGACCAGCUGGACCUGAUGGUGGACGGGCUUCCAGUUUCCCUUCCCUCCUAUGAGGAGGCGGUGUACGGCAGCUGGGGGCAGCGCAUCCCUGCCUGCUCAGCUCCCGGGCCCACGCAGCUCCUCCUGGCUCAGGAGGCCCCGGGCUGUCAGCAGUCUUCCCCGAGCAGCCAGUCAGACGGCAGCCACUGCCCGCUCCUAUCGGGCCAAAGCCCUGACAACCCUCCACCGCCUUACGAAGAGGUCCAGUCGCCACAUGCCAGAGACAGGAUCAAUGACGGGGACGUCCUGCAGCUCCGCGUUGCACUUUCAGACGAUAAGGACACAUGAUGACGGACGGAGAGACUCAGAAGUAGUUUAUGAUUUUGACAGGUGCAGUGUUCACUCUGCAGAUAACUGCUCAAAAAACAUAAAAACAGGGGCUCACGGCAGACUCCUGUACUGCCCGCACUUUUCCUGGUUGGCUCACCAGCAUCAGGACCUAUCACAUGGUAUUUUAGACGAUAAGCUCUGAUUGGCCAGUUGUUGGGUCAAAAAAGACCCGAAUGAAGAGGACUGAAGUGCAUUUAUAGCUGAAACGUUGAUUGUAUAGUGUGUUUGUAUAAACGUUGAUUGUAUAGCAAAUGUAUGUGACACAGGGAGGGGGUGUGUUGUGCGGUAUCAUCGCUGUCUUGUGAAAUCCUGAGAGUGUGAAAACAGGAAGGCUUUUACCAGACAGCGGUGACAUGAAGGUGUGUGUGUGUGUGUGUGUGUGUGUGUGUGUGUUUUCAGUGUGUUUCUGGAGACGUCGUCUACCUUUUCCCCUCAGUGACGGGGCUCAUUAAGGCUUCGUUUGUGAAGUCAGUGGCGUGUUGUUUCUUUUCACUUCUGCAUUUGUGUCUGAGACUUUUGCACAGUGUUUCUAUUAAAGUCCAAACGGGCCGAGGCGCACGGGCUGCUGAUUUAAAAGCACACACACUCGGGUCGUGGAUGGUGAUUUUGUUUUUUUUAAAUAAAAUGUUAAUUUCAUGUACAGCAAAGUGCUUGGAAACCAAAUGUUCUCUCAAAGUGUUUCUGCUGUGUUCAUUCAAUGCUGAUGGAGGAAAAACUAUUUAAUAUUUAAUCGCUUUCAAUCUACAGUUAUGAGUCGAUUGGUUUACUAAAUGAAAUCAAUAUAUUUAGUAAAUCAUUGGAGAUUUAUGUAGGCACUUUAAAAAAAAAAAAAUCAAUUUAAAAUAAAAUAAAAAGAAGAUUUUAGGUGCAAAUCUCUGAGAUGACCCGGAUGCCUUUGAGGAUCAUCUUCAUGUCCUUACUGGGUUCCUCGAAUGACUGACGCCUUCAGACCUUGAAUGUAUUUAAUGUUUUUGUUUUGUGCAGACAGAUCUGAACUAAUAUAUAUAAAAAUAUGUGUAUAUAAAUUGUAAUAUUUACAAAAUCAUUAUUUCUAUAUUGUGUUAUUGCACAGAACUAUAUGAUUAAUAAAUGUUGAAGUGUUUCUUUA